AUGACGAGCGACAGCUAUUUGCAACUGGAUGCGGAUGAUUCGGAACGGUUAAAGCAGUUAACCGCCGAAUCAAGAAGAGUAUCAGGAGAUCAAAGAUAUAGAUUUUCAAUUGGAAUGCCUUUUUCGGAACCAGCAAGUGCGUACCAAAGUUUGGAGGAUAUUAAUUUGCUGGAUGCGAAAACUCUUGGACCUGAGAUAUUUUCGAAUAGCAGUAUUGUUUCUAAAAUCAAGCCGUUUCAAAUAAAACAAGCCUAUGGAAUCAACACCGAUUGUAAUAUUUUGAACUUCAGCACCAAGGAAAAGGUUCAAGUUUUUUACACUGCCGCUCACCUGGGCGUUUUGUACGAUUACUGUAAAAAUGAAUUUUCGUUCUUCGAGGGCCAUCAUAAUAAAAUUGUGGCAUGUUGCAGCGAUGAUUCCGGUAACUACUUGACAACGGCUGACGCUGGAGAGGAUGCCUGCGUUAUAGUUUGGUGCGUGAGAGAUUUUAAGCCCAUCUUUACCAUUUUUAACAUCUAUCCCGGUUUCGGUUGCUCGACUCUACGUAUGAGUUAUGACGCGAAGUAUCUUUUGACCAUUGGAAUGGAUGAAGAUGAAGAGCACUACUCGUUAGAUUUGUGGUUCUGGACAUACGGACUCCAAGAGUCGCAUUUUACAGUGAAAAUAAAGGCGAGUUAUGGAAAGCCUAAGAAAAUUUGUUUCCAUCCCACCAAUCAACAUCAUGUGAUGGUUGUGUUUGAAAAACAGGUGUUUUUCUGUGUUAUUGAGGAUGAAAAUAAGAGUAUUAUUAAUUUCGAGACACCGUAUAUAACAUUUAGAUCGACGAUGGGGAUAUUUCACAGUGGAACAUACAUAGAAAAAAGGCACAGGUGUUUUGUUUGUAGCGAUAAAGGUUAUGUGCUCAUUUUUGCAAACACGUUGUACCUAAGAAGCUAUUUAGAAGCAGAACUUAAUAAUACUAAAAUAUACCUCAAAUCAAUAAAGGUAUCGAAAACACCAAUUGUGGAAGCCAAGGCCUUAGACAAUUUGGUAGCACUUGGUGAUAUUGUCGGCAGAAUAUACUUAAUGGAUGUGACUCUAACAAUUCUGUAUUAUUACGAGAAAGAAGAACUUAUCGGUGUUCGCUACUUCUCCUUUGCUCUUAUUUUCGGCAAUACCGAACGAGAAGAACUCAAAACUAUUGAGGUAGAAAGCCCAGAUGCUUCAGAAAACUCGCAAAGUUCUGAGACUAGAAGGUGCGAGGAAGCCCUCAAAGAACAUCCUUGUCCAUCCGAUUACACGGUACAAAGAAAACCAGUUGAAUACAAACCAUUUUUCGCCCUUACAGAAAAUUGUUCUUUAUUCUUGAUCGAAUAUUUCAAGGAAAACAUUAAACCCAUAUUUCCACCAGUGGAUUCUCCUGUUACGUCUAUUGAAGCCCACCACGAGUUACCCUUUCUAUUGGUGGGUCAUGAGAACGGUAAGGUCAAAAUGUUAGAUUACGAAAAACAAGUAAAUGUAUGCGAAAUUAUUUUGCCGAAGUGUGAAGACCACGAUGCUGAUAUUGAAAAACCCGAAUCUAUUAAAGUCAUUAAAUAUUCCAACGAGUCGAUACAUUUAGUUGUCAGCAACAAUACUGGUGAAAUUUUUGUUUUGGAUUCCAUUUUACUGACUAAAUUAAAUAAAAAGCCCUUAAGAACUUCUACUGGUAGAAUUGUGAAGAUAGUAUUUAACUUUGAUUCUACUCAAUUUGCUUAUUACGACAUUGAGAAUACAGUGGUUAUAUACCAAUAUAAAGCUGACAAAAAUGAAUGGGUGGGCCUUGGCAAACUCGUACCCCACUACCACCCAAUAAACGACAUUUUGUUCAUACCAGAAUACGAGCAUUCUUCCUUGGUAACCAUUGGUUCAGACAGAUACAUAGUGAAGUACAAUAAUGUCGGACUCAACUUUGGCGAUUCCUUUGACAUAAUGAUCAGGGAGAGAAUAGAACAAUCUGCAAAACCGCAGUGCUUUGUUUACUAUACCAAAAACGUGAAUGAUUCUUUCACGGGAUACUAUAUUAUUGUCGACGAUCAGUACAAAUUUAAGCUUGUCAGUAACUUAACAAUGAUGACAAGACAAACGUCUUUGGGGCCAGCCUUUGGAGCUUUCAAAGGACAUCACAUAACAAAGUUGAUGCUACCAGAAGCUCUUGAAUAUAAAUACUACUUAUUUAUGGUGGACAAGCAAAUAGGCUUGCAAAAAGCCAACUUGGAUGGAAAUCCUUAUAGUUAUGUGGGCUAUCACGUACAUCCGACACCAGUGACUGAUAUGGUAUUAUCGCACGAUGGCAAAUACGUGUUUACUUUCUCGACAGGUUACAAGAUAGUUUUCAAGUGGGAAAUACAAACUAAGGCAGUGGAUGUGGUGUAUUUGCUUGGAGGAAAAGAGUUUGAACCAUUUUAUUGCCUUUUAGAAGGUGGUAAAAACGGCUGGUUGUUUCGGGAGCUGCAAGAUUUGUUUUUCUACAUGCAAAUAUUACACCAGGGAGAAAAUGUGGUUCUACCAAGAAAAUUCAGCGAUACUAUCGACAUAUCGGAACUUCCUGACUUGGUGCGAGCCGGGGGUUACUAUCCUUCCGAAUUCGAAAUUGAAAACUUGAUAAUUGAGGCCCGAUAUCACAGUUUAGAUGAAACGUCCAAAGUUCAAACCCAAAUUUCGUUCUUUGAGUUUCUCAAGCUUUAUAUUAACCAUAGGCCCGCCCAUGGGUACAAAUUGACCGAACUAGAAGAAACAUUUAAUGUGUUUGCCAAUAUGCCUGAAGACGCUGAAUUGGAUGGUUCCAUAUACAGGGACGAGUAUUUAGAGAUAUUGACGAAGUACGGUGAAGGUAUAUCGAUGGACAAUUUAAGAAAAUGCUUUUCAACCUUGAGAAGAGUCGAUCUUAAUGUAGAUGAUAAUGUUAUUUUUACCAACUCAUUCGAUUUUGAAACUUUUACAUCGGAAAUUUUGGGCAUUGAGAUGGAUAGAGAGAAGGUGGACGACGAAGAUAAAGAUAUUACUGAUAGCCUGCAAAGCGAGCGAAGUCACAGUACUUUGUCCGACUAAAUACAAUUUAUAUACA